AUGAACUCUCUGUCUUGGGAGAAGCAGAUUACCACUGUAUCAAUCUACUCGCUACUGUAUCAACUAAAGCUUUGCAAGCAAUUAUUAUCAGAGGCUCUUAGAAUCAAGCUUGUAGCCUCGCUAAUCUAUCCACAUGUUGACUAUUGUUGUGUAACUUAUACCGACAUGACUGCUGAGCACAACUUAAAACUCUAUAGAGCCAUCAACUCAUGUAUAAGAUUCAUCUUUAACGUGAGGAUGAAUGAAUAUAUCACGCCUUACUAUAGAAGGCUCAGAUGGCUCAAGAUUGUCUCGAGGAGGAACUACUUCGUGGGAUGCCUACUAUUCAGGAUGCUCUUGACUGGACAACUUCUUCGCUCUAACUUCAACCAUAGAGUAUUGGAAUCUGAUCGGGCUUCUAGGUUUUCGGGGGACACGCUAAUUCAGCCACAAUGUAGGACAGAGCUAUUCAAACGCUCCUUCAGAAUCACUUCUGUUAGGCUGUGGAACGGUCUUCCAUUUUCUAUAAAAAACGCUAAGACCAUAACUAAGUUUAAGGAGGAGCUCUAUGCGCAUCUACUUGGUCUUUCAUCAUCAUAA